AUGCUUAUUCUGCAAUAUCUCUUUUACCCUAGCUACGUCGCCAUCGUCUGGGCGCCCAACGGCAGGAUCCGUGAGAAGCAGGCCGGAGUCAUCAUCGCGGUGGUGUGGAUGCUGGCUGCGGUCAUCAUGGCGCCUCAUGCCGCCGUCAUGGAGGCCAGACCGCACCCCUACAUACAGGGACACGCCUGCCAGGAGUACUGGCCAGAUGUGAGGUACCGUAUGGCGUAUACCGUCGUCCUGUUCCUCCUGCUUUUCGUCGCUCCACUGCUGACCGUCGCCUUCAUGUACACCAAAGUCACCAAACAGACCUGCAAGAAACCCCCAACAUGCCCUCACACCCUCCAGCCCGACAGUGGCGCCAGACAGCUGCCGUCUUGGACUGACAUCUUCCGUUUCGUUAGAAAGAACUCCUCUGCUGUCGACAGAGAUUACAGAAAAGCUAGAGUUGUGAGGAUGUUACUUGUCGUUGUUAUCUUCUUUGCAAUCUGCUGGUUGCCGCUGCAUUUGGUCACUCUGGUUGGUGACUUUGCCAAUCUCACGUACGACCAGCUUGUGUUUGUGUACGAUUAUCUGUACCCAGUGGCCCACUUCCUAGCCUACUUCAACAGUUGUGUCAAUCCGAUCGUGUAUGGGUACUAUAACAAGAACUUCACACGAAUGUGGAGGGAAAUGAACGGCACUGUGCGUCUGUGUUGUUGUAAGAACGAAAAGUCGUCUCGGAGUGAAAACAUUCCCCUGACCAGUUUCCGCACCACAGCCGUAGUGAACACGCAGAAUGUGAGUCCAUAUCGCGUGGCAGAGCUAGCCAGGAUGGCGAACAGGCUUUAAACACUUUCCCAUUAAU